UUAAACGUAAACCAGUUGCUUGGCAUUAAUAUAACUUGUCAUUUUCAUUCGUCGUGCUUCGUGACUGUUCGGAGGUUCGGCUUGUUUUUGUAAGAAUCCGGAAGGGAUCAGGGUCACGUUUCUUUUGCCGUCUGGAGUAUAAGUACGGGCCAACUGAGAACUGAAAGUGCCAGGCUUUAGCAGGAUACACGGGCAGAGGACAGGUCAUCAGGCGGUCUCCCUAUGUCAGGCCGAAACGGGUCUGCGAGCGAUGCAGACUGUCGGAUCUCGGAGGACUGCCGGUCCCCGGAUGUAGAGCUGAUGGAGUUGGGACCCCUGCUGGAGGAGGCGGGCCGGCAGGCAGGGGGGAAAGGCAUGAUGUCGGAGGGGGCCUCAGUUCUGCCUGAUGAUGAUGAGGAUGAUGAUGACGAAGAGGUGGAAGAGGUCCUGACGCUGCCCCUCCAGGCUCACCACGCCAUGGAGAAGAUGGAGGAGUUUGUGCACAAAGUGUGGAAGGGUAGUUGGAGGGUAAUCCCUUUUCACGUCCUGCCGGAGUGGCUGAAGGACAACGACUAUCUCCUGCAUGGACACCGGCCCCCAAUGCCCUCCUUCCGCGCCUGCUUUGGAAGCAUCUUCAGGAUCCAUACAGAAACAGGCAACAUCUGGACCCACCUUCUGGGGCUGAUCCUGUUUAUUUGUCUGGGCACGUACACCAUUCUGCGGCCCAACAUGUACUUCAUGGCACCUCUGCAGGAGAAGGUGGUGUUUGGGAUGUUCUUUCUGGGCGCGGUGCUCUGCCUCAGCUUCUCCUGGCUCUUUCAUACCGUCUACUGCCACUCUGAGAAAGUGUCUCGCACCUUCUCCAAGCUUGACUACUCAGGUAUCGCCCUGCUGAUCAUGGGUUCCUUCGUGCCCUGGCUCUACUACUCGUUUUACUGUUCCCCACAGCCACGCCUCAUCUACCUCACCAUCGUCUGUGUGCUGGGCAUCGCCGCCAUCGUAGUGGCCCAGUGGGAGCGCUUCUCCACGCCCGCGCACCGGCCCACCCGAGCAGGAGUCUUCAUGGGCCUGGGACUGAGCGGCAUCGUCCCCACAGUGCACUUCACCAUCGAGGAGGGCUUCGUCAAGGCCACCACUGUGGGACAGAUGGGCUGGUUCUACCUGAUGGGCGCCAUGUACAUCACUGGCGCCGGACUGUACGCCGCCAGGAUCCCUGAGCGCUUUCCCGGCAAGUGUGACAUCUGGUUCCACUCCCACCAGAUCUUCCAUGUCCUGGUGGUUGCGGCAGCCUUCAUCCACUUCUACGGCGUCACCAACCUGCAGGAGUUCCGCUACGGCCUGGAGGGAGGCUGCACUGACGACACUCUUCUCUGAGAGCAGCCCAGCUGUGGCCCCCUCAGCCAUUUCCUGGUCGAUGCCCCUCCCUCCCCCGCCUCCCUACCCUAUAAAGUGCUGCUGGAACACGCCAUGGUCCCCUGUAGCUCCUUCUCUCCACUCUUCUACUCCUCCCCUGAUUUGCU